ACAACAGCACACACACACACACACCAUGAAGUAUAUAAUUGAGCAUAUGGAGGAAGGGUUCUCCGAGUGGGUUGUUUUAGAAUACAGUCAAAUCAUAAGGGACAUUGGCAAGGAAAACCUUGUUCUCACAUCGUUACCACCAUCCACCAUCGAAAAGGACAUCCCCCAACAACUCCUUGACUUGGGUUUACAAUGGACCACGGAAGAAUGUGUCGACAUUGAUGGAGGCAUAGACAAGACCCGAGUAUGUUUAUUAGACCCUGGCGCCACUGUUGACUUGACUCCUGAAGACAAAUCGAAAUUCGACUAUUUUGUGUUUGGGGGUAUCUUGGGUCAACACCCCAAGAUUGAUAGAACUGGGAUCUUGAGAAAGAAGUACGGUUUUGCCGGGAGAAGAUUGGGAGCGUUACAAAUGACUACCGAUACUGCUAUUAGAACCACCCAACGAAUUAUAGAGAAUGGUGUCAAGUUUGAAGACAUCAAAUUUUUGGACUACCCGGAAAUCAAAUACAACAAGUAUGAGUCCACUGAGAUGCCAUUUAGGUAUAUUGUUGACAACAAGGGUGAACCUAUUUUACCCGAGGGAAUGUUGGAAUUGAUCAAACAUGAUGCUGAACAGAGCAUUGACGAUUUACUUAUUGAAUAGUGUGUAUAAUUCUAUGUGCUAAUAUAAAGAUACAAACUUUUUGC